AUGAGGCGGCAAGGAGGAGGCGGCAAGGAGGAGGCGGCAAGGAGGAGGCGGCAAGGAGGAGGCGGCAAGGAGGAGGCGGCAAGGAGGAGGCGGCAAGGAGGAGGCGGCAAGGAGGAGGCGGCAAGGAGGAGGCGGCAAGGAGGAGGCGGCAAGGAGGAGGCGGCAAGGAGGAGGCGGCAAGGAGGAGGCGGCAAGGAGGAGGCGGCAAGGAGGAGGCGGCAAGGAGGAGGCGGCAAGGAGGAGGCGGCAAGGAGGAGGCGGCAAGGAGGAGGCGGCAAGGAGGAGGCGGCAAGGAGGAGGCGGCAAGGAGGAGGCGGCAAGGAGGAGGCGGCAAGGAGGAGGCGGCAAGGAGGAGGCGGCAAGGAGGAGGCGGCAAGGAGGAGGCGGCAAGGAGGAGGCGGCAAGGAGGAGGCGGCAAGGAGGAGGCGGCAAGGAGGAGGCGGCAAGGAGGAGGCGGCAAGGAGGAGGCGGCAAGGAGGAGGCGGCAAGGAGGAGGCGGCAAGGAGGAGGCGGCAAGGAGGAGGCGGCAAGGAGGAGGCGGCAAGGAGGAGGCGGCAAGGAGGAGGCGGCAAGGAGGAGGCGGCAAGGAGGAGGCGGCAAGGAGGAGGCGGCAAGGAGGAGGCGGCAAGGAGGAGGCGGCAAGGAGGAGGCGGCAAGGAGGAGGCGGCAAGGAGGAGGCGGCAAGGAGGAGGCGGCAAGGAGGAGGCGGCAAGGAGGAGGCGGCAAGGAGGAGGCGGCAAGGAGGAGGCGGCAAGGAGGAGGCGGCAAGGAGGAGGCGGCAAGGAGGAGGAGGCAAGGAGGAGGCGGCAAGGAGGAGGCGGCAAGGAGGAGGCGGCAAGGAGGAGGCGGCAAGGAGGAGGCGGCAAGGAGGAGGCGGCAAGGAGGAGGCGGCAAGGAGGAGGCGGCAAGGAGGAGGCGGCAAGGAGGAGGCGGCAAGGAGGAGGCGGCAAGGAGGAGGCGGCAAGGAGGAGGCGGCAAGGAGGAGGCGGCAAGGAGGAGGCGGCAAGGAGGAGGCGGCAAGGAGGAGGCGGCAAGGAGGAGGCGGCAAGGAGGAGGCGGCAAGGAGGAGGCGGCAAGGAGGAGGCGGCAAGGAGGAGGCGGCAAGGAGGAGGCGGCAAGGAGGAGGCGGCAAGGAGGAGGCGGCAAGGAGGAGGCGGCAAGGAGGAGGAGGCAAGGAGGAGGCGGCAAGGAGGAGGCGGCAAGGAGGAGGCGGCAAGGAGGAGGAGGCAAGGAGGAGGAGGCAAGGAGGAGGAGGCAAGGAGAAGGAGGCAAGGAGAAGGAGGCAAGGAGAAGGAGGCAAGGAGAAGGAGGCAAGGAGAAGGAGGCAAGGAGAAGGAGGCAAGGAGAAGGAGGCAAGGAGAAGGAGGCAAGGAGAAGGAGGCAAGGAGAAGGAGGCAAGGAGAAGGAGGCAAGGAGAAGGAGGCAAGGAGAAGGAGGCAAGGAGAAGGAGGCAAGGAGAAGGAGGCAAGGAGAAGGAGGCAAGGAGAAGGAGGCAAGGAGAAGGAGGCAAGGAGAAGGAGGCAAGGAGAAGGAGGCAAGGAGAAGGAGCCAAGGAGAAGGAGCCAAGGAGAAGGAGCCAAGGAGAAGGAGCCAAGGAGAAGGAGCCAAGGAGAAGGAGGCAAGGAGAAGGAGGCAAGGAGAAGGAGGCAAGGAGAAGGAGGCAAGGAGAAGGAGGCAAGGAGAAGGAGGCAAGGAGAAGGAGGCAAGGAGAAGGAGGCAAGGAGAAGGAGGCAAGGAGAAGGAGGCAAGGAGAAGGAGGCAAGGAGAAGGAGGCAAGGAGAAGGAGGCAAGGAGAAGGAGGCAAGGAGAAGGAGGCAAGGAGAAGGAGGCAAGGAGAAGGAGGCAAGGAGAAGGAGGCAAGGAGAAGGAGGCAAGGAGAAGGAGGCAAGGAGAAGGAGGCAAGGAGAAGGAGGCAAGGAGAAGGAGGCAAGGAGAAGGAGGCAAGGAGAAGGAGGCAAGGAGAAGGAGGCAAGGAGAAGGAGGCAAGGAGAAGGAGGCAAGGAGAAGGAGGCAAGGAGAAGGAGGCAAGGAGAAGGAGGCAAGGAGAAGGAGGCAAGGAGAAGGAGGCAAGGAGAAGGAGGCAAGGAGAAGGAGGCAAGGAGAAGGAGGCAAGGAGAAGGAGGCAAGGAGAAGGAGGCAAGGAGAAGGAGGCAAGGAGAAGGAGGCAAGGAGAAGGAGGCAAGGAGAAGGAGGCAAGGAGAAGGAGGCAAGGAGAAGGAGGCAAGGAGAAGGAGGCAAGGAGAAGGAGGAAGUGAAAGAAUAGAGGAGUAA